GGUUGUUCAAUUGGCUUCCAUUUGCAGCGAGCUUCGGACAGAGAGAAAUUGGGGGAGGCUGAAUCGCUUCCGAUCGCUCCUCUCAGUGAAUCUCUGAUCUGUCCGCUUGUCUGAACUGCUGCGGCCAUGGCGUUCUCCGACAACUCUCGGCACUCUCUCAUCCCAAGCUUCCUCUACUCUUCUUCCUCCUCAUCCAAAGCCCUAAUCCUCGAGAAAGUAAUGAGCACCUCUAGCCGUAGCAGCCUCGGAUCUUCACUGCCAUCGCCGCCUUCUGCCUCCGGAAUCGGCGCACCUGAGAGGAGCUUCAUGAUUUCGGCUCCGAAGGAGUCAGGCAAGAUCGAGUUGUACUCGCCUCAGUACUACGCCGCCUGUACGGCCGGCGGAAUCCUCAGCUGUGGACUCACUCACACGGCCGUCACUCCUCUUGACCUCGUCAAGUGUAACAUGCAGAUUGACCCUUCCAAGUACAAGAGCAUUUCAUCUGGUUUUGGAGUCCUGCUUAAGGAGCAGGGGAUCAGGGGCUUCUUUAGGGGAUGGGUUCCUACUCUGUUUGGUUAUAGUGCUCAGGGUGCUUGCAAGUUCGGCUUCUAUGAAUUCUUCAAGAAGUACUACUCUGACAUUGCUGGACCAGAGUAUGCAUCCAAAUAUAAAACUUUGAUCUACCUUGCUGGGUCUGCAUCAGCAGAGACGAUUGCAGAUAUUGCUCUUUGCCCCUUUGAGGCAGUGAAGGUUCGUGUUCAGACUCAACCUGGUUUUGCAAGAGGGAUGUCAGAUGGAUUUCCUAAAUUUGUUAAAUCUGAAGGCGUUCUUGGGUUGUACAAGGGCCUUGUUCCUCUUUGGGGACGUCAGAUUCCAUACACAAUGAUGAAGUUUGCCUCGUUUGAGACCAUUGUAGAGCUGCUCUACAAGCAUGCCAUCCCCACACCAAAGAAUGAGUGCAGCAAGACCCUGCAGCUUGGUGUGAGCUUUGCUGGUGGAUACAUUGCUGGUGUUUUAUGUGCUAUUGUGUCUCAUCCUGCUGACAAUCUUGUCUCUUUCCUCAACAAUGCCAAGGGAGCAACUGUUGGCGAUGCUGUGAAGAAACUUGGGCUCUGGGGUCUCUUUACUAGGGGACUUCCACUCCGUAUAGUAAUGAUUGGAACUCUCACUGGAGCCCAGUGGGGAAUUUAUGAUGCUUUUAAAGUCUCUGUUGGACUGCCAACCACUGGUGGUGUUACUCCGGCACCUGCUCCUACUGAGCUUGUAAAGGCGUAAAAUCAGCUAAAAAUUGCCUCCACGGAACAACUGGUGGCGCUCCAGAGGAUGAAUAAACAUUAGCAUGUAGACAAUGUUGCUUGGAUAGCCAGUCCUAGCAUCAAUUCAGGAGUAUUCUUUUUUGCAUUCUGAACUUGUUGCGGUUUUUAAUUUUGUUGACUUGCAUGGGGGGGGGGGGGGGGGGGGGGGGGGAGAUGGAUUUGGGCCUCUUUUUGGUAGGUAGACUGGUAGGUAGAAAUUCAAUAUCAUGCUGUUUUCUCCCAUCAAAGGGAAAUAUGAAUCUUAAUAACGAACAAGUUUGAGGCCAUUUUUUGUGGCUCAUUUGAAGGGCAUGGGAAUUAUGCCCGUCGUCGUUUAUAUUAGUUUUCACUUUUGACAGUUA